AUGGAAGGCGAAAAUCUUUCUGAUUUUUUCGAGGAUGACAUUUUCAGUGUUCUUGAAGCUUGGGAAAGUGCUAAUAACUCCAAUAAUAAUAAUAAUAAUAAUAAUAAUAAUAAUAUGAUGAUGAAGAUGAAUGAGGGUCUGGAAAAUUAUUCAGACAGUGGGUCUAAAGAAGAAAUGGUAAGCUUUGCGUUUCAGAAAUCAUGUUGGGAGGUUGACGGAGGUUCGCCCAGCCGCAAGAGGCCAAAGUUUGCGGGCGGUGAUGAUUUUCCGGCGGCGGAGGAAUUAGGGCAGCACAGAAUGUCUCAUAUAACGGUGGAGAGGAAUCGGAGGAAGCAAAUGAACGACAAUUUGGCUGUACUUCGCUCUUUGAUGCCUUGCUUUUAUGCCAAAAGAGGUGAUCAAGCAUCAAUCAUUGGGGGAGUUGUUGACUACAUCAACGAACUCCAACAGCUGAUCCAAUCCCUGGAAGCCAAAAGACAACGAAAAUCCUAUUCCGACAUCUUAAGCCCGAGGCCCAUCUCAAGCCCAAGGAAGCCACCGUUAAGCCCAAGGACCCCACAGCCAGGCAGCCCAUACAAGGCCUAUAAGCCCCAGCCCACGGGCUUCCUCAACUCACCAUCAUCUCUCCCCAGCCCAGUCGACCCAUCACCAUGUAACUCUUCCACGUCAUCCAUAAACGACGCAGUUAACGAACUCGUGGCAAACUCGAAAUCAGCCACAGCCGAGGUUGAGGUCAAGUUUUCGGGCCCAAAUCUGAUGCUGAAAACGGUCUCACCACGUGUGCCUAAUCAGACGGUCAGGAUUGUAGAGGUGCUUGAGGAGCUUGACCUGCAAAUUCUUCAUGUCAAAAUCGCCACCGUUGAUGAUAGGCUGCUCAAUACAUUCACUAUCAAGGUAAACAAACGAAAUUAAAUUGGUAAAUUAGUUAAGUAAUGAUAGGUUUUUGGACUAUGGGCUUGCAAUUUUCUUGGUUAAAAUCUUAUCUGCAUUGAUGAUAUUAAAUGUUAUCAGCAGUGAUUAAAAUAACUUCUCAUACAAA